AAAACGACAUCUCCGAAAAAAGCGGCAUCAAAAAUCAUUCUCCAGCGUCAAUCUUACCCGCGUCAUUAUAUCCAAAGAAGUCAUUCCGAUUGUUCGUGAGUUUGAAACAAGUUCUCUUGAAGUUUUAUUUUUGUAAUUCGUAUCAAAUAAAUUUAAACAAAACAAUUUAAUAAAAUGGCUGGUGGUAAAGCUGGUAAAGACUCCGGAAAAACGAAAGCGAAAGCCGUAUCGCGAUCAGCGCGUGCUGGACUCCAGUUUCCCGUUGGACGUAUCCACCGACACUUGAAAAACCGUACAACCAGUCACGGACGAGUUGGUGCAACAGCUGCCGUUUAUUCGGCCGCUAUUUUGGAGUAUUUGACCGCUGAAGUACUCGAAUUGGCGGGUAACGCAUCGAAGGACUUAAAAGUAAAGCGUAUCACUCCACGUCAUUUACAACUUGCCAUCCGAGGAGACGAAGAAUUGGACAGUCUCAUCAAAGCUACAAUUGCCGGUGGUGGUGUCAUUCCGCACAUUCAUAAAUCGCUCAUUGGCAAAAAAGGCGGUCCCGAAUAACUGGGACGACCAUAAAUGAAUAUGGUUUGGACUAAAGUUUUCACCAAUUUUACAAUUUUUUUUUUUAAACUAAACAAUCUAAGCAAAAUUAUCGAUAAACUUAAGGAAAACUACAAAAGAAUAGCGAAAAUCAGAAUUGAAAGAUUUGGAUGAAACUCUAAAAGAACGAAAAAAAAGUCCUUGUACGAUAAUAUAAUGGGGUGAGAAAGAGAGCGAAUGAGAGAACGACCAAAACGAUUUAUUUGGUCAAACCAUAAUUAUUUAAAUUAAAUUGACUUUCAGCACAAACAAACAAAAAAUGUUAAACUGAAAUUGAUUCUGUACGGCAUUUUCUAUUCGACACUAAAAACUGUAAUUCGAAAA